UCAUUUAACUGAUUAUUUUUGACAUUUGAAAUGGACAAAGAAUUAAAUUUCACACAUAUAACUCUGAGUGGGUAUGUAGAAGUAGAAAAAUACCGCUAUGUUUACUUUGUGAUUAUAUUUACUAUAUAUAUUCUAAUAAUUUGCUGUAAUUCCACUGUUGUAUGCCUCAUUGUGAUUCGCCCAAACCUCCAUGAGCCCAUGUACAUUUUCAUUGCAGCUUUACUAUUCAACUCUCUUCUUUUCAGCACUGUGAUCUACCCAAAGCUGUUGAUUGACUUUUUAUCACAGAAACAGGUCAUUUCACACCCGCUGUGCCACUUUCAGUUUUUUAUGUUUUAUUCUUUAGGUGGUUCAGAUUUCUUACUGUUGGCAGCCAUGUCUUAUGACAGAUAUGUGUCCAUAUGUAAACCUCUGCAGUAUCCAGCUAUCAUGAGGAAAACAACUGUCAGUAUUUUCUUGAUGUUGGCUUGGCUUACACCUGCUUGUCAGGUUGCAGUGUCAGUUGUGCUGAGUUCAAACAGAAAAAUCUGUAACUUUACUUUGAAAGGAAUUUUUUGCAACAAUUUGAUUUACAAACUCCACUGUGAGAGCUCAACAGCCCUAUCUGUGUAUGGUGUGCUCAUUUUGCUCAAUGUUGUAUUUUUUCCUCUGCUCUUCAUACUGUUCACCUACACAAAGAUACUCAUAAUAUCCUACAGAAGUUGUAGAGAAGUCAGGAAAAAAGCUGCAGAGACCUGUUUGCCUCACCUGAUAGUUUUAAUCAACUUUUCAUUGUUGUGUUUUUAUGACAUUCUCAUACUCAGACUGGAAUCUGAUAUUCCAAAAACUGCACGUUUAAUAUUGACUUUACAACUGAUUUUGUAUCAUCCUCUCUUUAAUCCAAUCAUAUAUGGACUGAAAAUGAAAGAAAUAUGGAAACAUCUGAAGAUGUUGUUCUGUUAAGUGUGCUCUGUUGUAUCCACACUGACAAAUAACUGACAAGUUCUAAUCAUGUUUACUAAUUUGUGUUGUCCUUGAAAACCGUUUUUAAUGCUUUGCUUUGAUCACUGAUGUAAAGAGUCAGCUUCAGCAAUGUUCACCAGUUCAGUCAAGUUUCAUUGUUUAUUGUUUCAUAUUUUCUUUAUCUGACAGGCCAAAGCAGAACCUUCACAUUCAGUAACAGUAACAUUCACAUGAGGAACAUUUUCUCUUGUUGUAUUAAAGACCAUAAUGGCCAUCAAGUGGAGCUAAACAUUUUGAAAAGUCAA